UAUGAUCGAUGUAAACACGUUAUGAACAUGAUGUUUUUAUUAUCAGAACUUAACUGUUAUUUGAACAGAAUGUCAUGAAGAUAUUGUAUGCUGCUAGAAUGGAAUACACUCCUGAAAUUGCUGUUUUGCAGGCAUCAUUUGAGUUUGCUGAAAAAAAGAUUGGUUGUAAAUUAUCUACAUUGCAGAAAAUUAAUGUUGUGAAGUUAAUCGAAAUAAUAGAUGAAGCUAUAAAAGAUAUAUUAAAAGGCCUUGAGGAAGAUCUCUCAAAAUUUGAUCAAAAAUGGUGGAACUCAAAGUUACAUAGCAUCUUUCUUUACAAAGCUUUACAGAAUGAGGCAAACGAACCUGGUUGUCAAAGACAAACAGCGUUAUAUAAAUUAUGUCAUCUAUUACCUAAUAUAAGUUUUGCUGUUUAUUUUGAAGCCGUGAAAACUUUUGAUUGGUUUCAAUUCUUCAUUGAAAUUCCAGAUUUUCUUGGGGAAACAGAGAAAGACAUUUUGUGUAUGAAAGCCUUAAAACAUGUCCAAGAAACACCUGUCAAUCACAUGGAUCUUCAGCUAGCUUCAUCUGUGAUUGGUCAAUUCAUUUUACUAUGGCUAAAAAAGACACCAUUCAUUCAUUCAUGGAAAUCAACAAUAGGAGAUACUAAUCAAACACAACAUUCGGAAGAAAUGAAAUUUAAUGAAUUUUUAUCUGUAUUAUUAGAUUAUGUGUCCUCACAUGGUGAUCAAAUCAAAAAAAUGGAUUUGAAAAUAUUAAAACAAUCUAUGUACCGAGUUUUAACAGUACCAAUAUUGACUACAGACCCACAGCUAAUUUUCGAUGAAAUCAGCCUUGAUUUAUUAGACUUACACAAACCUCGAAAUAGAUCGCUCUUUGCCCCAUAUAUUCAAGAUCGUUCUACAUGUAUAACUUCCGAGAAAAAUACGUUUAUUGAAGUGAAUAAUUUUCCCUGUUUGUCUUGGUUGAAUUGUGUUAACUUACUUUUAAAUACUUUAAAUGAUGUAGACGGCGUGUUAAAUGAUCCAUCCAUUGUUGUGGGGGAUUUCAGCAUUCCCACAAAGAUCAUAGCAGCCAACCUUUUAUCUAUUCAAGAUCAGAUAUGUGGUAAUAUGCCUGAAAAUUUGCUACAACACAAGGAUAAUAUAUUUAAUUUUAUUGAAAAGCUGUUCAAUGAACAAAAACUAGCCAGUGAAAUCAUUGGGAAGCACGAAGAGGAAAUGUCAACACAAUCGUGUAUUAAAAGAAUCAAGAUGAAACGGCCUGGAUUUGAAGCUGAUAUAGAGAAAAUAUUGAGUAAUUCUGAUCUUCAGGUCUGGUUGAAUGAGGGGUCUUUCUGCAGGCCUGAAAUGUUAAUUAGACAUUAAUUAACUUAUCUAGGCCAUAAUCAACUCUAGAUGCCAUCGUUAGCCUGCGAUAUUUACUGGAUCUGAAUAGAUUUUGUGAUGAAUAGUUUAACGUAGAAAUGGAUAUUCAAGACUUUAUCAUACCAACGUCAGUAAUGACAACUGAGACUAGCUUAAAAUUUAAUGGCUCAUAUCCUUGAUUCAGAGUGAAGCACUUUGACGGAAAUUUUCAGCAUAUUUCGUUUUCAUUAUCUAAUUUUUAACUAUAU